GCGGUGUUGUGGUUCCCAUGCAUGCUCCACAUGAGCUGCGUAAAUGUUGUCAAGACUGAACACACCCAUUCAAGGUACUUACCUUUCCAAGCUUGCUACGAGGGCAAAGUUCGACUCUUGGAGAUUUCCACACAUAAAAUGAGCUUGCCUCUCGGGCGGUGUUUCUUGCUCGCCACCAAUCACUCCAUUCAGUUCCUUUCUCAUUUUUAAUAACCCUGAUCUUGAAGCCUGAAACACCCUGAAACCAUGAGGUCGUCUUCACAAGUCUUUUUAGCAACCGGGCUUUUAUCCGCUCUGUUCUUAGGUAGCAGCACCCAUGCCUACAGCGCCAACAACCGGGGCUCACCCCAAGUCAAGGCAUACUAUCCCAGCUACAAUUUCGAAGCACAACCUGUCUCAAAGAUUGAUUGGACUGCGUACACCGAUUUGCUGUACUUCAUGGUGAUCCCUCAACCGGAUUUUACUCUGUCUUAUGAUCCCAAGCUCACGAGAGCACAGGGUGAAAAGUUGGUUACAGAAUUCGUUGCGGAGGCUCGUAAGAAUAACGUCAAUGCUCUUUUUAGCGCUGGUGGUUGGACAGGUUCAAGACACUUUUCGAACUUGACCUCGACGGAAACCUCCCGCAAGAAAUUCGCUCAAGUGCUCGUGAAUUUUGGACAGAAACAUGGUUUCGCAGGAAUUGAAAUGGACUGGGAAUAUGCCAAUGGUGAUGGUAUUGGAUGUAACUCUCGGAACCCAGCCGAUGUUGUCAAUUUCGGCUUGCUCGUCAAGGAAAUCCGUGCUCUAUGGCCCCAUGCCUCGAUCACCGCUGCUCUAGGUAUCAGCGGUUUCAACGGGGCCGACGGCAAAACUGCGACGGCCCAGGAGACUGCUUUGCUGGCGCAAAAUCUCGACUACGUGAACCUCAUGGCCUAUGAUGUAUACGGUGCCUGGGCUCCGACUACUGGUCCUCUAGCUCCUCUGCAUGCGACAUGCGCCCCUCCCGCUUUCGGCCAGUCUGUUCAAACCGGUCUUCAAGUCGCUCUGAAGCAAGGAUUCAAGGCAUCCCAGGUUAUCUUGGGCAUUCCGGGUUACGCCAAGCGUCUCGAAUUGGUUUCUUCCAAGCUUGAGGAGAAGGUUGUGAAUGGCAAACCGACUUAUUACUACCAAAACCACACUACCGUUACCCCUCCCGGUGGCAAAUUUGACGACAAGCCAGGCAAAGACAUUUGUGGUAACGCUCAAAACUGGGGCGGGUCAUUUCUCGUGAAUGAAUUGAUCAGCAAUGGUUGGCUAACCCCAGACCAAAAGCAUGGCGCUAACGGGUACCAGCGAUACUAUGACAGUUGCAGUGGUCAACCUUUCCUCACCAACGGCAAAUACUUCAUUACGUACGAUGACCAAUUCAGCACGGUUGACAAGGCCAAAUUUGCCAAGCAGAACGGCCUGGGUGGUAUUUACUUCUUUGAUACCAUGGGUCCGACAGCAGCUACCGUUAGAGCCGCUCGUCAAGCCCUCUCCCAUUAAACCCCCUUAUCCCCCGCCAAACGAUCAUGUUUGAGCUGCAUUUGAUGUCUCUCGUUUAUCUGUAAAAGAUGCCUUAGCAGAUCUUCCGAAGAUUAUCACUUUGGGAUGCAUUCUGAUUGGACGUUGAUUUCUCUUGUUUUUCCAUCGUUUUUCAUUUGAUCUGAUAUAAAGCCUCAUUCAAAGUCGCAGUUUAGUGGGCAUCGUCCUAGUCCCAUUUGUACCCACAUGAUACUUUCUUAAAUACUUUUUGGAAAAUUACCAAUGAGUUUCGCUAUGCAUGUAUAUGCAGGAGUCUUGCCUCUCCAGAAACAAUAAGAGACACGC